UCAACUCUCCACCAAAAGGCAACAACAAUGAAUCAUGAGAUCGAUGUUUCACCAUUUUUUCUAUGCCCUAUUUCACUUCAACUCAUGAACGAUCCUGUUACUGUCUCUACUGGCAUAACCUACGAUAGACAAUCCAUUGAAAAAUGGCUCUUUUCUUCCCAAAACAAUACAUGUCCUGUCACGAAACAGCAACUCUUACAUGAUCAUCAAAAUCUCAUUAUUCUCACACCAAACCACACUCUUCGUAGACUCAUUCAAGCAUGGUGCACCUUAAACUCCUCUUAUGGCGUUGAAAGGAUUCCAACUCCAAAACCUCCAACAACAAAAACCCUUAUAGAGAAACACCUUAAAGAAGCGUCUGAUUCUUCAGAUUCACCUCAUUUGCUUAUUCAAUCUCUUAGAAAGCUCAAAACAAUAGCUUCCGAGAGCGAAACGAAUCGCCGGUGUAUCGAAUCUGCAGGUGCUGUAGAGUUCUUAGCAUCAAUAGUGACAAAAAACAGCACAGGCUGUUCAUCUUUAUCUUCAACAACAGAAUUAACUGAAACUACCAUUCUUGAUGAUGAUGAUGAUAUGGAAGGGUUUGCUUUUGGCUUUAAUAUUGGUGCAGAAGAUGAAGCAGUGAACAUCCUUUACAAUCUUCAUUUAACAGAACAAGGUUUGAAAACUCUUCUGAACUUCAAAAAUGGAGAAUUUUUAGACUCUUUAUUGAGAUUAAUGCAAAAGGGUAAUAAUGAUUCAAGAACAUACGCAGUUUUUUUGUUGAAAUCUAUGUCAAAGGUUGCUGAUCCAUCAAAACUAGCCAAUCUAAAAACCGAGUUUUUCAUCGAACUAGUUCAGCUUCUUAAAGAUCAGAUAUCAAAAAAAGCGUCGAAAGCAACACUACAAACUUUAAUUCAGCUCGUUGAAAUUGGGAGAAAUAGAAUGAGAGCAGUGGAAUCUGGCUGUGUUCAAGUUUUGAUAGAACUUCUUCUUGAUUGUAAAGAAAGGAAGCCAUGUGAGAUGAUUUUGGUGCUUUUGGAGAUGUUAUGUCAAAGUGCUGAUGGAAGAUAUGAACUUUUAAGCCAUGGAUGUGGUUUAGCAAUUGUUUCAAAAAAGAUUUUGAGGAUUUCAACAAUGGCUAAUGAUAGAGCAGUGAGGAUUCUUCUAUCAGUUGCAAGAUUCUCUGCAACACAUAUAGUUGUUCAAGAAAUGCUGCAAAUAGGAGUUGUUGCUAAGCUUUGUUUGGUUCUUCAAGUUGAUAGUGGAAAUAAGGCUAAGGAGAAAGCAAGGGAGAUUCUUAAACUUCAUGCAAAGUGUUGGAGGAAUUCUCAUUGUGUACCUACUCAAUUGCUUUCUUCUUAUCCAUCAUCAAGUACUUGAAAAAUUAGAGGGUCUUUUUUACAUUGUUUACCCUUUUUUCUUUAUUAAUUUUUUGUAUAGAAAAUAUAUUUGUUUAAAGAAGGUUGAUUAGAUAGAACAAGGGAUAGGUCUGGAGUCUGUACAUAAAAUAAUAUCUCUCACAUGAAGAAUGGGUUGGAAACAAAUCGGGGUUGUUUAUUGUGAAUUAGAGCAGUAUGUGUACUGAUACAACAAAGUUUAUCAGGACAAUUUUGUUACUUGUUUUAAUUUAAUUUGUUUUUGAGUUUUACUUUAAUUUGUGUUGCUUAAAAUGAUGUAAGGAUUCAUUUCGU